AUGGGCAGUCCUUGGUUUACGCGCUCAGAUGAGCAUAAUCAAAAGAACCAAGAUCAUCCAAACAACUCGAGUAACACCGCAGAAGUGGGCAUGGCUGCUGAGACUAAAGAUAUCUACCGGAAGAGCAGUUGGGACCCUUGGCAAGAGUGGACGGACGAUGAAAUCGGAAUCGAUGGAAGAUCAUCCCAAGCCUCAGCCAAAUACGCACUCAUUGUCCGCCGCGAGAAGGAACAUGGCGAGAUUGAUGAAUCAGUGCUCUCGCUGCAUUCUAUCACAGUGCAGAGCCCACUGCUCAAAAAGAUUCUCGGUCCGGUUUUCAAGGGCUACAAGGGUAUCAACACCAACCUCAAGAAGCUUGAGUUCCAUGCGCCUUUCCGAGAGUUCUUUUAUAGAUGGGAUGAGUUCAAACAAGCCGACCCGAGAAGCGAUCCUAAUGAUUCCUCUGAGGAGUGUUCGCAUUACAAACUUCUGGCAGAUAUCAUUCAUGCUGAGAUCAAGCCGCGUAUUGAACAAGCCACAGAUCUUCUGAACAACGGAGUCAUAUCCUUUGAUUAUGUGUGGACACUCUUUGAACCCGACGUCGAAGUCUACACAAAGAUCGAGGGUCGCGAUAGGCUGUUCAAGUUGAGCAGCGGGAAUUACUCCAAGACACCAGAUGGAGCAGUGGCAUACGUGCUUAAUGUGCGGUUCAUCGAUACCGAUGGAGACACCUUUGGGUACACAGAAACAAGCUUGACCAUAUCACCUUUUGAGAACGUCUUACCGAUUCUGGAGCUGGAUGUUAUUCCGGCACGUCUAUGCCCCGAUAUUGAUCAAGUCAGGGAGCGACUCAUUCAGCGUGGUCGACUAUUUGAGAGCUUGCAAGGGAUCAACCAUAAGACGUACUCUGGAAACUUAGGACUAUUCGACAUUGAGCUCGUUCAAGACGUUAUAUGGAACUCAACAGCCUUUGAUCAGCUUGUUCUGCCGCACGAUUACAAACGAAUUAUCCACGCGUUUGUCGGUGCUCAAAUGUCUGGCCUAGACGAUUUUGACGAUGUGAUCCAAGGCAAAGGAAGGGGGAUUAUAAUGCUUCUGAGCGGAGAGCCGGGAACUGGGAAAACUCUCACGGCUGAGUCUGUUGCUGAGAUCAUGCAAAGACCACUUUAUAAUAUGAGUGCUGCCGAGUUGGGUGAUGUUGCACAAGAGGUUGAGCAGAAGCUAGACUGUGCUCUCGAGCUCUCGACAAGAUGGGGAGCAGUCCUCCUGCUUGACGAGUGCGAUGUCUUUCUCGAAUGUCGAACUACGUCAGAUAUCAAAAGAAACAAACUCGUUUCGAUUUUCCUUCGACUCCUCGAAUACUUCGAGGGCGUCAUGUUCCUAACGACCAACCGAGUCUCGGCUUUUGAUCCGGCUUUUGAGUCUCGGAUUCAUCUCACUAUUCACUAUCCUAAUCUGGACUACACGAGCAGGCUGCAUAUUUGGAAGACAUUUGUGAAUAUUGACAACAAUAGAAGUGGCCUUUCUGGAGAUGAGCUCGAUGAAUUGGCUGGUGUUGAGCUCAAUGGGAGACAGAUCAAGAAUGUGGUCAAGACGGCAAGACUUCUCGCAACGCACGAAAGGACUGAGCUGGCUAUGAGCCAUAUCAGCACGGUUCUCAGGAUUAAGAAAGGUUUAGCAGGAGGGUCAUGA